AUCCCAGGAACUAGUCUAUUGUUUCUCUCCUUUGCAUUUCUGACCCUCAAUUGGACUGUUAUUUUCUGGUUGACUUAAAUCCAUCUUCGAGCAGCCAUGUAGUACCUCCGCAUUACCUCGUUCUCAAGGGGGAGUCCUCAAAGGUUGAACAGUACCUAGUUUCAACGCUUACUGCAGUACAGCUCAUAAAAACACCAUGGCUAAUGAUAAACAAGAUGACAACUGGAGCCAACAGGUAAUCAGCGACAACAUAGGAAAUUAUCCUCCUGUUCACACGGGAUCUCCAUUCGCGAUAGUGCCAACAGAAGGAAAGGGCUUGGGCGUCUUUGCAACUAGAGAUUUGGACACCGGAGACGAAAUCCUCGUGGAGAAAGGGAGUCUCUGGUGCAGUGAUACUCAAUACCUUGAGGACCGUGCCUCACAACUCAUCCAAAACUUCGGAACACUAGACGAGCAAGUACAAAUUGAGUAUCUCAAACUACAUUCCGCCCCAAACCCUACUGAGGUACAAGCACUACAUGAAUACUUUAAAACAAGUAUCCUUCCAGGUGACGAUCCACAUUCCCAGGAAACACUCCGGAAAUAUAUUCUCGUGUGUAGGAUCUACAACGCCAAUUCUUUCGAAAUCGAGCCUUCGAAACGAGAUGAAUCGGGACACAAAGUCCCAGCCCAGUCCGCUGUCUUCAUUGAGGCGAGCAGAUUCAACCACUCAUGCGACCCCAACUUAUGGUAUCAUUGCGAUACUACAAGAGGCUAUUUCCGUGCCACGGCUUCCCGGCCUAUCGAAACGGGUGAGGAGCUGACCAUCAACUAUAUCCCAGUCCUGCCCGUCAGAGCCGACCGAUUGAGGGACCUAAAGAUGAGAUGGGGGUUCGAUUGCAGAUGUAACGUUUGCGACGGGUACAGUAUAAAAUUUGACCGGUAUAUUGCACAAGCCGAGAAGUCACAGAACAGGCUCGCGCAGACAGAACGAAAGAACCCAGAGCCAAAAGAUACCUCCCUUCAUAACGUGACCCUUUUUGAGAGACGUGUGAUGACACUCAAGAAACUUCACUGGGCCCCAGAGUUAUUCUUUGCAGAAGAAAAAUGUGUACGCCUUUACAUAGAGUGUUAUAAACACUUCUUAGCAAAAGGCAAGAACCUCGACGCUAUACACUUCCUUUGGUGCGCUGAUGAGAUGGCCGAAGAAGCCAUUGAUCUCGGGAAUAAGUGGUUGGGAAUUGCACAUUACACAGUAUGUUCGCUCAAAAGUCAAAGCAGAAGGAUAAAAAUAUUUCUGCAAAAUGUUGAGGUGUUGACUGAUGAGGAGUGGGAUGAGUUGGGUAAAAGGUGGCAGGAGGAGGAGCGUAUUGCUAUGUGUACAGUUGAUGAGGGGUGGAAUGAUAAGGAAGUGAAUGAUACCGAGGAUGAGAAUGAGGAUGAGGACAUGUUUCUAUCAUAACCUUGAGUAUACUUGGGUGUAUAGAUAUCAACAUUGAAUGUUGACGUUGAAGUAUACUUGUAUACCUAGUACCUAUC